CCUCAGUGAAGGACCAGGUUGUUGCACAAGGGAUGGUUAUUUUUCUCAUUCUUGGCAAUGCCUUCUGUUAUGAGUCCUUAGGUUCCUCAGUUCAAGGAGCUCUUUUACGUCCUCCACAAAAUGUGACUCUCACAUCUAUAAACUGUGACACCUUCUUGACCUGGCACCCAUCUCCAGACCUCACCAACAGCACAGAGUAUGAAGUAGAGAUAAUAAGUAGCAGGAAUGUUCCUAAAUGGACCAAAGUGACAUCCUGUCAAGGAAAUAAGACGAGAGAGAGGAGCAAACUUCUGCUGCCGGAUCCAUUUGAUCAUUACAGAGCCAGAGUGAGAGUACGUGAUGGAGCCAGGCUGUCUGAAUGGGCCUUUACUGAAGUGCUGCAGCCUUACUCAGACACUGUCAUUGGCCCUCUUAACCUGUCUCUUGCUGCCACAUAUGACAGUCUUACUGCGGUCUUUGUUUUGCCACACAUUCCAACGGACAACAACGUCUCCAAAUUCUUUAAAAUGUUGACGUAUGAGAGGACCCUCACUAAAGAGGAUCACUCAAUGCAUCUCAUCGCCAAAGCAGAGAACCAGUUUUGGCUUUUCUUCACCUCUUUGCACCAGGAACUGCUUCAGAAGAAGCCUGGAGGCAUCUUCUUUGACAGUGCAGAUUCAGAAACAGUUGCCUCCACCGGAAAAGGAUGUCUGACUUGCAACUAG